CCAACUCUCUCCUUUUCCUCUCUCUCUCACGGCGGUCAUCCUCUUCCACCUUGCAUAGCUCUUGAUCUCCUGUCUCUCUCCUUCUCUCUGCACUAGCAGCCAGCUCUUGGCUUCUUGCUGUAGCUUGUUGUACUGCCUCGGAGUGCCGAGAAAGAAAGUAGAGAGAGAAAGAAGGGUUGCAGGAGCCUUGCAGGAAGAAAGAAGGGAGAGGAGGGAGAAGCGAGCGGGAGAGAAUCUGAAUUGCUUUCCAGUCAUUGACCACCCCCAGUUCCAGUUCCCUCCCCCUGUUUGUCUCCUUCCCCCUCCUUUGAUAGCUGUGUUAUUCCCUGAGCUGUUGCUGCGUGACGAGAGGGAGUGGCUGCUACCGGCCGCGGGGGUCUCUGAACUCUUGUCACUCUUGCCCCCAUCCUCCAUUCUUCAGUUUAAUGCUCCCUCUGUAGCAGCACCAAUUUAUUGCUAGUUACGUAGAGAGGGAGACAGAAGGGGAGGUAGCAAGAGUGAGAUAUAUACCUAGGCAAGCGAAGAUCAAGGCGGUACAGGGUUGUAUGUUUCAUCAGCAUCUUCAGCAUCUUGGUGAGGCUGAGGCAGCAGCAUCGGCAGAUCAGGACAGCAUGUCCAACCUCACCACUUCCGCUUCUGCCGGCGCCAACCCCCCUCCUCCGACUCCGACGGCCGCCUCCAACAAGCGGAAGCGAAGCCUCCCUGGCAACCCAGACCCGGAGUCUGAGGUGGUUGCGCUGUCUCCGGCGACCCUGAUGGCGACGAACCGUUUCCUCUGCGAGAUCUGCGGCAAGGGUUUCCAGCGCGACCAGAACCUGCAGCUUCACCGUCGCGGGCACAACCUGCCGUGGAAGCUGAAGCAGCGGUCGAGCAAGGAGGUCUUGCGGAAGAAGGUGUACAUCUGCCCGGAGGCGUCGUGCGUGCACCACGACCCGUCCCGCGCGCUGGGCGACCUCACCGGCAUCAAGAAGCACUUCUUCCGCAAGCACGGCGAGAAGAAGUGGAAGUGCGACAAGUGCUCCAAGAAGUACGCCGUGCAGUCCGACUGGAAGGCGCACUCCAAGAUCUGCGGCACGAGGGAGUACAAGUGCGACUGCGGAACCGUCUUCUCCAGGCGGGACAGCUUCAUCACGCACCGGGCCUUCUGCGACGCGCUCACGGAGGAGAGCGCCAAGGCCAUCGGAGGCAUGCCGGUCAUGCCGCAGGGCCACCACCACGCCAUGCUCUACUCGCCGCCGCCGCAGCCGCACCAGCUCAUGCAGCAACAGCACCAGGACCUCGUCGCCUUCCAGGACCAGCAGCACCAGAUCAUGCAGCAGCAGCAGGAGCAGCACUGCAACUACGCCGCCGUGAAGCCGGAGAUGCAGCCGUGGCCCACCAUGCCCUACGAAGACGUCCACCACCACCCGCUGCUGCAGCCGAUCUGCACCACCACCGCGCAGAGCUCCGCCACAUCCGGGCCGACGCCUACGCAGCAACAGCAUCAGCAUCAGCAUCAGCAGCUGCCGGCGGCGGCCGCGCACCUCUCUGCCACGGCGCUGCUGCAGAAGGCGGCGCAGAUGGGCGCCACCAUCGGCGGGGCCGGCGCCGGCGGGACGAGGCAGCAUUACACCCAGAUGGCCGGCGCGGCAACGAGUGCUGCCGGCAGUGCCACGUUCGGGCUCGGCCUGUCGUGUCUCAACAGCCAGCAGAUGAUGACCCUCGCGAGGACCGCAUCCCACGGCCGGGGUGCGGAGGACGGCAGCGGAGGCGGCGCUACAGGCGGCGCCAAUGACGGCAUGACAAGGGACUUCCUGGGGCUGCGCGCAUUCUCGCAUCGCGACAUCCUCGGCCUCGCCGGCUUCGACUCCUCCUGCAUGGGCGCCGCCGUGAACACCGCCACCAACAACGCCAGCCUGCCGCCCUGCUUCGAGCAACAACAGCAUGGUCAGUCGCAGCCACAGCAGCAGCAGCACAGCACCAACGAGCCAUGGCAUGGAAUGAGUAGCCAUAGCUAGGUACUUGCUUUCUUUCUUCCUCUCGUCGACGUUGCAUAUGAUCACCGCACAGGCAUAGCUAAGCUAGCGUCAGGCCACUGCUUGCUGCUACCCUAGAUCACCACGUUGCUUUUUGAGUACGGUAAUCUCUCUCUUUCUCUCCCCCCCUCUCUCUCUCAUGUUUAUGAUCUCAUGAUCUUGCAAGCUUUGAGGUUUCGAUGGAGGGAUGGGAGCCUGUAUUUUUUUGGUUUUUGGGUAGAAGCAACUGUAAGCUAAAGCCCGAAUCAAGGAAAAAUACUACAGCUAUGUGAAAAUAAUACAUGCAUCCGUCGCCUCUCCUUUUC